UCAAACAAACACUGUAUAGUUGUGUUUCUAUAUUCAUCCAGUUCGAACAAAUAUUUUAUAUAUUUUAUAGAAAAUAACUACUCUUUUAAACCAACGUUUGUGAAUUGUUUAUAAUAAAAUAUGCUUUCAUCGUGCUUUGGAUUGCCCUUACGGACAGGAACAAAUAUUAUCGCGAUUAUUAAUUUGAUUGCAUCGAUUUGUUAUAUUUGUUAUUACAUUUGGGAACAUAUUGUAAGUUAUGAUGUCCCCGAAAUGAGGAAAAGUGGGGAAGACAUUGAAAUUGAUCAAUUAUUACAAAUUACAGAAAAAGUGUUUUUGAAUUACAUCACAUUAGUGUUUAUGCUCGUUGGAUUUACUUCACUGUUCGCAAGUUUUGGAUUGAAACAAGCAACAUCGUAUAAUGCAACACACAAGAUUUAUCUAUGGCUUUUGAUUGGCUAUGUCCAACUUGGCACAGUUCUCACCAUUGAAAUUGUUAUACUUAUGAAACAUCCAUAUUUCAUCAAACAUAAUAUAAUUGGAUUGAUCAUUUUCUUUGCGCUUUUGGACGUUGCCAUAGGAUACCAGCUGUUAGUAGUACAGUCGUUCUAUAAAGAAGAGAAAUUAGUUGAAGAAACCAAUUACUCUAGAUUGCGUUCGGAUUUAACAACACAGAUUGAACAUCAAGAUGAAGAAGAAUUUCAAAACAUAGAUCUUUAACAUUAGUACUAUUUUUGUUUAUUUUGACUUAGGUACCUAUCUACCUUUAUAAUUAACGCAUAUGCUAUUGUUAUUAUUAUUAUUAUUAUUAUUAUUAUAUUAAUAUUUUUGUAAAAUUGUUAACUGGCUAAUGAAGUAUGCAUGAGUCAAUAUUAUACUGAGCUUUUAAAUGUUGUUAUGUGUACAU